AUGGUCGGCGAUAGUAGGCUCCCGCAGCCGCCGCGGAGUUCCUCCAAUCCGCAAGCAGCCAGAAACGCAUCGAUCACGGCGCAAAACGCAGCGCCAAACCCGAUCGCUGCGGCGGCGGCGGAGCUUCCGCCGCCCUCAUUUCACGUGGACGUGGCGAUUGCAGGCGGCGGACUCGUGGGGCUCGCGCUCGCCGCCGGCCUGCAGGCGCGCGGCAUUGAGGUGGCCGUUUUCGAGGCCGCGGCCGCUGCGCGGCGAUCGAACAACAGCACCGGCACGAUUCUCGGCAUAUUUCCCAACGGAUUCAAGGCGCUCGAAGGAUUGAAGCCAGGGCUCGGCGACGCUGUUAGCGCUGCUGACCCUGAUGGCAAGCUCAAAGCGGAGCUCGAACAAACACCCUUUGGUGGCUUUGGCAAGCCAGGUGUCAAGGACCGGUUGAUGUGCCAUGUCAGCAAGAACAUUGCAGACCCCUCAGCGCAUGACACCUGGCAUACCGUGCUCCAGGCGGUUACCACAACGGACCCUGGUAACAUUUACGAGCGGUGGAUGAUGGACCGGCCUCCUCCAAAGGAUUCUUGGAGCGACUCCAAGUGUGGUAACAGGGUUGUUCUUAUGGGGGAUGCUGCACAUGCCAUGCACCCCGAACUAGGGCAAGGGGCUCAAACUGCCUUUGAGGAUGCUCACCAGUUGUCCCUCUGCCUUGCUGAUAUAAAGGAUAGGCUUGCCGAGCCUGCUGCCGUGGCUGCUGCGGUUCGGGAGUACGAGGAUCGACGGAUCGAUAGGUGUGUGAGAAUCCAUACAUACGCCACUGCAGCACAUGGGUUUGGAGAGGAGGCGAAACUUGUGAAGGAUCUUUCUCCUACCGAGAAAAGGAAGCUGUUCAUGGAGUUUCAGAAGUGGAUCCUUGCAUACCCAGACAAGAUCAAGGGUGACCCUGAAUCCACCCACUUCAAGUGA